AUGAAAUCCUUCGGAAAAAAAGCUAGAGAUCAAUAUGCAAAACUUCCGAAAACAGAGAUACCAGGUUAUACCUUCUUUGAACAUGUUAAGAAAGAAGUCCAAAGAACGGAAAAUGUGGAUAGGAACCACAAGAUUCAAGCAAUGAAUGGAAAACAGUACUUCCUCAUCGAUGUAAUUGCGCACAUUCUAUACUACCUAAAGGAAAAAACUCUCAAAGAGUUUCGGGACUCUAGGCUUUACAACAGCCCUCUAAAAGCUCCAGACAUCGACUGGGUUAUCACUGUUCCUGCCAUCUGGAAAGCAAGAGGAAAGAGAAUGAUGCGGGAGGCUGGAUACAUGGCUGGCUUUUGUGAUCCUCACGUGACGAUGGGUAAUCUGGAAGAGGCAACAGGACGAGUACAACCUCCACCAAAGGAAGAAUUAAAUCCUGAAAAACUAUCGCUUGCUCUGGAGCCCGAAUCUGCAGCAAUCUGGUGCAAAAAAAUGAUUGAUAUCUCUCCUGGUGGAAAUGAUGUCAAAAACUACCUCAUUGUUGAUUGCGGUGGUGGCACUGUGGAUAUUGCUACUCAUGGAAUUAUCGGCGGCCACGUACACGAAUUAGCACCUUCAGCAGGUAACAUGAGCGGCGGAACAACCAUCAAUGAAAGAUUUCGGGACUUUUUAAGUCAUUUUGUUGAUGAUCCUGGCUUUGUUCAAUAUUUCAGUGUUUCUGAUGUUGUGGAAAGAUCAAGGCGGAAGUCGGAGAUAAACAAAAUUGUGUACACCAUCUUUGAAGAUCAGAAAAUGUAUUUUGGCAGUGCUGAAAUUGAAGAAGACAGCUUUGUUGUGGAAUUUUGUCCUAAUUUUGCACGAAGCUUUAGUCAACUGAUGGAAGGAAAAUCUGUAAAAAAUGUGACGAUUGAAGAUGAGGGAACGCAGAUGAGAUUGUCCCAUGCAAAAAUGACAGAGUUUUUUCAACCGACAAUUGAUAAAAUUGGUAAAUUGAUUUGUGACCACAUUCAUACAAAUAAUUUGGCUUCUAAAAUCGACACAAUAUUUUGGGUAGGAGGAUUUGGUGAGUGCCAAUAUUUGAGAAAUGAACUUGAAGCAGCUAUCAAUCGGGACUUCUGUAAAGGAGAGAAAAAAAUUCGAUAUAGUUAUCCACCGGAGCCAAAGUUAGCCAUAGUAAGAGGUGCUCUAGCAUUUCGGUAUGAUCCUAGCGUAAUACAGCAACGUAAAGCUGACGCUACGUACGGUAUUGCAUGUAGAAUACCAUUUGACGAGAAUAAACAUCCAAUAGAGUACUGCGUGGAUGAUGAAAAUGACUGUUCUAGAAAGUGGUGUAAGCACAUUUUUUCAACCUUCAUUGAAAGAAACGAAAGCAUUUGCACAAAUGAAGUUUUCGUUGCUAACUAUUCUCCAGUGCGAAGCUCACAGAGAGUAAGCAGGUUAACUUUCUACAGUGCUCCACAUACGAACGUUUGGUUCACAACUGAUCGUGGUGUCACUGAACUAGCCAAAAUGGAUAUCAAUAUCGCUGGUUAUGGUCGAGAUAGGGACAUCGAGGUAGUUUUCGAUGUCACUCACACUGAAAUACAAGUGUGCGCUCGAGACAAGCAAAGCAAAAAUGAAUAUAAAAUUGUUGUUGAUUUUUUGUUUUCCGAGCAGUAA